CCCGACCCCACCGACGCCCCGCAGGAUGCCCGAGGGCCCCGAGCUGCGCCUGGCCGCGCGCUACGUGAACGAGGCCUGCGGGGCGCUGGUGUUCGGCGGGCGCGUGGAGAAGUCCGCGGUCAGCCGCAACCCCGAGGUGCCCUUCGAGAGCAGCGCCUACCGCGUGGCCGCCGCCGCCCGGGGCAAGGAGCUGCGCCUGACGCUGAGCCCGCUGCCCGGGGCGCGGCCGCCGCGGCCGCCGCUGGCCGUCGUCUUCCGCCUCGGCAUGUCGGGCUGCUUCCGGCUGGCCCCGGCGGGCGAGCUGCCCCGCCACGCGCACCUGCGCUUCUACACCGCCCCGCCGGGGCCGCCGCGCGCCCUCUGCUUCGUGGACGCCCGCCGCUUCGGCCGCUGGGACCCCGGCGGGCGCUGGCAGCCGGGCCGCGGGCCCUGCGUCCUGCUCGAGUACCAGCAGUUCAGGGAGAACGUGCUCCGCAACCUGUCGCACAAGGCCUUCGACCGGCCCAUCUGCGAGGCCCUCCUGGACCAGCGGUUCUUCAAUGGCAUCGGCAACUACCUGCGGGCGGAGAUCCUGCACCGGCUGAAGAUCCCCCCCUUUGAGAAGGCCCGCACCGUUCUCGAGGCCCUGAAGCAGCGCCGGCCGAGCCCCGAGCUGACCCUGAGCCAGAAGAUCGGGGCCCGGCUGCGGAACCCGGACCUGCUGGAGCUCUGCCACGCGCUGCCCCAGGAAGUGGUUCGGCUGGGGGGGAAAGGCUACGGGCCGGCGGCCGGGGAGGACGACUUCGCGGUGUUCCGGGCCUGGCUGCGGUGCUACGGCGUGGCGGGCAUGAGCACGCUGCGCGACAGCCAUGGCCGCACCAUCUGGUUCCAGGGGGACCCCGGCCCCAUGGCACCGAAGGGUGGCAAGUCCCGCACGAAGAAGGCCCAGAAAGCCCGGCAGGUGCCUGAGGAUGGAGAGGCCCCCCCAGCACCCAGGAGGGGAAGAACCCCAAGACACUCCAGGAAGACAGCUGGAGGGGACCCGCCUCCCACAAGCCCCCAAGGCCCCCCUGGGUCGGAGACCCGCCUCCCGCAGGCCCCAGAGGCCCCCCUGGGCCCCGAGAACCGAAAGAGGAAGGGGCGUGGCCGCCCGAGCGCAGGACGCCGCCGCAGACCCCCGAAGACCAAAGCCGGGACCCCGUCCCGGGCGUCAGGGGGGACCCCGGCCUCUCGGCAGGAAGGCCUCCUUGCCUGAACCCCCUUCCCGCUUUCUGGCUGUUGCUGUCUGGAUGCCCAGGAGCAGUAUGCAGGGGGGAGACCCUGAGCCUGUUCCCUGCACCACCGAGGAGGUUGACAUGGCACCCCGCUUCCGUGUUUUUAAAGCCCUUAGGAAUGCUAUUUUAAAUAAACGAAUACGUUUG